AUGGACCCCGAGCAACAGACUUUAUUGGCGCCCACUCCAGAAAACCUGGCAUCUGUGAAGGUGUUCCCCCUCAUCCCAGCUCUUAAACGAGAUGUUACGAACACAAUCGACAGUGCAUUGAGCUGGGAGCAACUGACCGCAGCUGACAUCAACUUCUCCAUCGUUCGCCCGAUUGUCAACAAGUAUGCUCGCCUCAGAAACAUGGCGGUCGUAUAUGCGUGUCUGGUCGUUCGCUCGUACUUUUUGGCUGAAACCGAGACCGAUCUUGCUUUUGCCGGUGUGAUGCUCUCUCGAGCAAACCUUUGCGAGAUAUUGGCAAUGAAGCUCUUGAGCCGCUUCGCGAAUAACUAUAUCCAACUCGUCGCCGUUCUAACCACAAGUUGGAACCCUUUGGCCGGUGCAACUCCACAGGUUAUCCAAGAAGUCAAGAGCAUUCUCAAUGCCCACGAAGACGAUAUCGACAGCGCUCCAAAGUGCCAUCGAGAUGGCAAUCUCCACGAACUCCAAAUCGUUCCUCGCGUCGCCUUUGCAGCACAACGGUCUAUUCUAGCGGACAACUACAAACCUCGCUCUAUUGAAAUUUACAACCCUCAGAAUUCACCUUUCCUUGAUCACUACCGGCUUCGCGUCCCAAAAUACGGCAUCUACCUCGAGUUCUUGAACUUCGCGCUUCUGCUUCUCACCUUCGUCCUUUGCCUAUCCAACCGCGAUAAGGCCAAAAUGACACCCUGGGAAGUAGCCUUUAUCGUGUUCGCAGGCGCUUUUGCUUUGGAAGAGUACACUGCGUCCACCGAGCAUGGCUGGGGCAUUUAUAUUGCAAAUAUGUGGAACGCCUUCGACUCGUCGUUUAUCCUCAUCUUCGUCCUUUAUUUGGUUAUGAGAGUCCGAGGACUUAGUAAUGACGAUUUGCCCUCUUCUGAUAUGGCGUUUGACAUCCUUGCUUGUGGCGCGUGCAUUCUCAUUCCAAGGUUGGCCUUUUUUGCCAUUUCGAAUAACAUUGUUGUUCUGUCACUACGCGCAAUGAUAUCACAAUUCGUGUUCUUCAUCGGAAUCGCUGCCAUUUGCUUUUCUGGCUUAAUGUUCACCUUGUGGACUCUAGCGAGCGAUAGUCCUGACGGCGACCCUUGGACGCUGAAGGCCAUUGCAUGGCUCAUGACGCAGAUUUGGUUCGGAAAUACGUACCUGAGCUUUGCUCAAGCGAAAAGCUUCCAUCCGGUGUUUGGGCCCAUUCUUAUGACCGUGUUUGCCGCACUCUCGAAUACGCUUUUACUGACGAUUUUGAUUUCGAUCCUAUCCAAUACUUUCGCACAGAUUGAUGCAAACGCGACUCAAGAGUAUCUCUUCCAAUUUACGAUCAGUACAAUUGAAGGAGUCAAAUCCGAUGCUUUGUUUUCUUAUCAACCACCUUUCAAUGUCCUCGCUUUCGUUCUCCUGAAACCUGCGUCUUGGUUCCUGACUCCUCGUGCUCUUCAUUCAUUCAACGUCUUCCUCAUCAGAGUCACCAGUCUGCCACAGUUGAUCAUCAUCGGCAUGUACGAACGGUAUCUCGCAUCAGGCCAAAGUUUCCGAGAAACAGGUGUUGACGCUGCCCAGUCCCUAUUCAACAGCCUGCCCCGACACAUCAAAAAUAUGCCACUCGUCGAGGCCCUGGUUGGCUCAUCAUCCAACGACCUAUUCGAUGCCAUCUUUGAUGUGGAGGUCAAUGACGGUGACUUUGACAUCUUUGACUCUGAUGCGGAGGCCGAUGUACCCGCGCUCCGUUCCUUACAUUCUCGGGAAAAUAUGCGGAUGCAAGGGUCUUCGAAAGACAGAGGCGAGUCGAGGUCUCCUGUGCCCAAGAUUCGCAGACGCCGCCCUACUAGCCUUGGACGUGUCUCCACCCGAGGUGCCGCAAGCAUAGGCGAGAGUUCUGUACAACCGUCGCCAAAACAAUUUGGUUCUGGCUUGACCACACUUAGCCCCGUGGACAUGUUGACGUCUCCAGAGAUAACGAUAUCGGCAGGAAGCAAUCUCAGCCCCCUCGCAAGAUUAUUCAACUCGCGGUUCUCUUCUGUCGCUCCAGCCGAGUCAAACUCAUCAAUGGCGGCUCAAGCUGCUGCUCAAGCUGCAGCGAGCACGGAGGCGAGUGUCAAGCACAUUGAAGCGCUUCUGGAGGCCGUUAGCGAGCUACCCGUUCACCGACUGAAAGAAGAAAUGAAGGAGCUGCAGGACCGUCAAGCACGCAUCGAGAACUUGCUCUUGAUGCUUACGCGGGGAAUGCGCAACGAGAUUCAUCGACAAGGAACUGUCGGUUGA